UAUUUGAAAAAAAAUAAUAAAGAAAAAGAAAAUUUAUUAUCAAGAUACCAAAAGAGGCAAGGCGGGGGAGGUCGUUAGUUAUGGCGUUGCUCGCGCUAUCCGCGUCGUUAAUCUCUCCUUCAGGACUCACCAAUUGGCGGGAAAAAUCCGCAGUGAAAUCCAGGAUCUCGGUGCCGUCGUUUAAGCUUGGAAAUGGAUGGAUAAAGUGCAAGGCUGUUGGUGAUAGCCCUAAGCCUUCGUUCCAACCAACGGUUUACAAAGGCGUUUAUGGUAGCUGGACAGUUGAACCAUCGGACGUUCGAGAGGUGAUUUUGUAUAGAUCGGGGCUGGUUACUGCCGCUUCUGCAUUUGUAAUUGCCGCGUCAGAUGCGUUUUUACCCGAUGAUUCUAUUUUGGGAGAAGUUAUUAAGCAAAAUUUUGAUCUAUUAUACACUCUUGGAGCUGGUGGACUGGGGCUAUCGUUAUUUUUGAUUCACAUCUAUGUAACAGAGAUUAAACGCACCCUUCAAGCUUUAUGGGCACUUGGGGUUGUUGGGUCUUUUGCAACAUACACAACCCUUGCUAGACCGGCUGGCGAGAACUUGGUACAAUAUGUGGUUGAUAAUCCGAUAGCUGUCUGGUUUGUUGGUCCUUUGUUUGCAGCACUGACAGGACUUGUCUUCAAAGAAGGACUUUGCUAUGGGAAGCUGGAGGCUGGUAUCCUUACAUUCAUUAUACCUGCAGUUCUUCUUGGGCACCUGACAGGUUUAAUGGAUGAUGGAGUAAAGCUUGCUCUACUGGGUUUAUGGAUGGCGCUCUUUGUGAUAUUUGCUGGAAGGAAGUUCACUCAGCCCAUUAAGGAUGACAUUGGUGAUAAAUCUGUGUUCAUGUUCAAUUCUCUCCCAGAAGAUGAAAAGAAGGCCUUGGUAGAGAAACUUGAGCAACAAAAGUUCAGCCAGGAUCGGAGUUAGUACUGUGAGCCGAACUGUACACCUUUGUUUAUGUAGAAAAAAGGUUCACAUACAAUUUUGACUGACCAUCACUUGUGAUAUACUUUCAUUAGCAUAUAAAUAACAUUUGGAUGUAUAUUAUUUGCGAGUUAACUUC